AUGUCGUCUUCAUCACUUGAAGAAGAAUCGUCUCUUCAUGAGGAAUUAGCUUCUCGUUCUCAGUCACGUACCGCUGGGGAGGCAUUCCUCUAUGCCUUCAUUGUAUCUGUCGGUACUGUUGGUAAUUUUGCAGUUCUGUUGGUCCUUUAUAAAAACCACCGCCUUCGCAACAUCACAGCUUACUUUGUAAUCUCCCUGGCAUUAUCAGACAUUGUAAUGUUGGAUUUAUGUGCACCUUACUCCAUUACAGUUCUCAUCACUGGAAGGUGGAUAUUCGGACACCUUAUCUGUCAGUAUCAAGGUUUUGUUGUGAUGUGGGUCGCCUGUGCCUCGCUGGGCACUCUUGCUUUAGUAGCUGUGAACAGGUAACGCGUUUUAAAUAUCAAAAUAUGAAAUGCUUUGGAAAGCUACUAUUUCUUUAAAACUGGUGGCGAAAUUACUACAAAAUAAAACUUAUUAACCUAAAAUUCUUUCCUAUCAUUGAAACCAGCCUCAAGAUUAAAAUAAAAUAUUAGAACUACAUCGUUCUCGUUUUUCCAUUUUCUUUUAGUUUAAUGUUUUUCACCCAGUCUCGAAAUUGAUAGAAUUGAACAGCAAAUAUUGUUCAGACGUUUGUCCGUUUUAGUGACAAUGCAAAGGCAAAUUUAAGAGUAUUUACAUUUCGUAAAAAUUUCGUUACUUGCUACAGGGUUUUAAUUCAUUAUUAUUCCGUUUUUUAUUUUUCUUGCGGUAAAAAAAUCUACUUUUGGCUAUUAUAAUAGCACAUAACUCACUGCAAUCAUUUCACUUGACAGCUAGCACUAAAUGCAAACACAGCAACAGUGGGAUUCAUCAACGCAAAAUGAAAAAAGUAAUUAUUUUACUGAAUCAUACAGCUGUUUUGAGUAAUCUAAACAUUGAUCAUUUUCAAAACGUAAAGGAAAAUCAGCGUAGAAAAGUUGUGCUUCUAAUGAAUUUGAAUAAAUGUUAUAUCAAGUCUAAUUUAAGCCGAAGAUUAAGGUUUAAGACGAUCUUAAAAAAAAAAAAAAUUAAAAGGGAGUUACUCUAAGUCCGGAGGGCACUUUUUGGGGGUUGGGGGGUGGGGAUGUGCCUCCGGGACCCUGGAAUCCUUAGCCUAUACCAGUGCUAGUUCGGCUGAAUUUUGCUACCCUAUACUAGACUUAACUCCCUAAAUGCUCGCCCCCCUAUCCUAGAGUAGCUGUUUUUUCAGAAACUACUGGGGUCACUAGCAAGGUCCAGCCAAAACAAAACCAAUCUGUUUUUUGUCAUAUUUUUGAGUGGCAGUUCCCGGUUUCCCUGGUCUAGAUUAAAAUCUUCAACCAAUUGAUCGGUUUCCUAGAAAAUGAUACACUAUUCUAGACCCAAACUCUCUCAUUUAUAUACCCUAUCCCAGAGUAAACUGCUUGAAAACCAUACCCUUCACAGCGGCACAUGCCUAUAUAGCCCACAUAUGGCAGUACCCCCCGUGCUCUAAGUAGAUAUGAUAAAUGCUUUUAGUCUUAGCCAUAAGUAACAUUCUAAAUUUUGGGUGGCUGAAAACGAGGUUUUGCAAAACACCAGCAUCGCUGCCCUUAAUCUCAUUCGCGAUACUUGUUGUAAGUUAUAUUUAUGACAAAAUAAAACGAACCAUAAAUUGAUUGGAGUUAAGCUGAGACUUCUACAACGCCCUUUAUGAGAGUAAAGACCUUGUCCUGAUUAAUUAGUGAAUGUAUUUUAUUUCAGAUAUUUUCAUAUCGUAAAGACAUCCAACUACAGAGCGCUGUUUUCUCCUACCAAGUCCAAACUAAUCGUGUUUGGAGGAUGGGUCGCUGCUUUAAUUACUCCUGUUUCUUACACAGCAGCUGGAAAAGACUACGUUUUUCAACCGGGAAAAUUUUUUUGCUUCAUGGAAGCCAAAUUCUCUCACUUUGUUAUUCCGUUUUAUGCUUUUAUCGCCAUUUCAAUGUCCAUAGUUAUCGUUUGCUAUCUGAGCGUAUUCAAAGCGCUUAAAGUGCAUGAAAGAACAGUGGCAAAUAAUCUUCGAACUGGAAACAUACGACAGAGUUCAUUGUCGAUAGAGGACAUUAAAGUCACAAAGAUUUUGUUUGCGACUGUGGUAGGUUUUGUCAUUUGUUGGACCCCGGUUUUGGUCAUUGAUAUUGUGGAUAUAUUUCUUGGAGCGGGCUGGGCGUUGUCCCGUCAGACAUAUUAUAUGUAUACCAUAUUUGGUAUCACUAGUUCUGCCAUCAAUCCUAUCAUUUAUGGAGUAAUGAAUCCUUCAUAUCGGAAAGCCUACUUAAAGUUAUUUGGUGUCAGCAGUCGAUUGGGCCGUGUAACGGAUUUAACGUCUAUAAAGGAACAAGAUCGUAAAAACUUGGGUCAACAAGUUACAGAAUAUCACAACACAAGAGAUACGAACCUUCAUGAAGGAAACAUUAUUAGCAAUCUAGAAUAG